UGAGUGACCAGGUCCACAAGGACUCGCCAGCACUGUGUGUCAUCAGGAGAGACAAACACAUCCAUCUCAUUGCAUUGUUUCUCCCCAGGCCUCUCUCUCCUGCCCCAAGAUGGUGACCAUGCUGUUGCUCCUGGCCACACUGGCAGGCCUCUUCACUACAGCCGAGGGACAGAGUUUCCAUCUUGGGAAAUGCUCAAAUCUUCCAGUGCAAGAGAACUUUGAUGUGAAAAAGUAUCUUGGAAGGUGGUACGAAAUCGAGAAGAUUCCAACGAGCUUUGAGAAAGGAAACUGCAUUCAAGCCAACUACUCGCUGAAGGAGAACGGAAACAUCAAAGUGCUGAACCAGGAGGUGAGACUUGAUGGCACCGUGAACCAAAUUGAAGGUGAAGCCAAACAGAGCAACCUCUCAGAGCCGGCCAAGCUGGAAGUCAAGUUUUUCGAGUUGAUGCCCCCCUCGCCGUACUGGAUCCUGGCCACUGAUUAUGAGAACUAUGCCCUUGUGUACUCCUGCACCACCUUCCUCGGGCUCUUCCACUUGGAAUAUGUUUGGAUCCUGGGAAGAAACCCUUACCUCGCUCCGGAAACAGUAACCAAGCUAAAAGACAUCCUUACUUCAGAUCAAAUCGACAUCAGCAAAAUGACGACCACUGAUCAGGUGAACUGCCCCAACUUCCUGUAAAGGGAGGUGCAGCCACUCCAAGUUGCUCUGCUUUGCGUUCCCUGGCUCCACCCACGCCCCACCCCACCCCACCCCACCCCUCAUAAAGAGGAGCCAAGCAACCCGGGCCUGCACCAGAGGGAAAGCCUGGCUAUAGAAGCCAAUGGAGAGGACGCGCAGAAAGUUGGCCCAAACCCAACCAGACCCUACAUUGUCAUCCCGCUAGCCCGAUAAUAAACAUUUUGCUGAUCAGCUGUGAUUUCAGUGGCUUCUGAGCUGGGUUU